AUGGAAGAAGAGGAAGCUGGAGGGGAAGAAGAGGAACAGGCUGAAGAGGAAGCCCCUGAGGAACCCAAGCCUGUUGAAGAGCCAGAGGAAGAGCGCCCCAAGCCCAGACCAGUGGUUCCUCAGUUGGCCCCUCCAAAGAUCCCAGAAGGUGAAAGAGUUGAUUUUGAUGACAUUCACCGCAAGCGCAUGGAGAAGGACCUGCUGGAGCUGCAGGGACUCAUUGAUGCCCACUUUGAGCAGCGGAAGAAGGAGGAGGAAGAGCUCAUUGCCCUGAUGGAGAGGAUUGACCGACGCCGUUCGGAAAGGAACGAGCAGGUGCGGACCCGGACAGAGAAGGAGCGUGAGCGCCAGGCCCGGCUAGCGGAGGAGAAGAUGCGCAAGGAGGAAGAGGAGGCCAAGAAGCGGGCUGAAGACGAUGCCAAGAAGAAGAAGGUGCUCUCCAACAUGACCCACUUUGGGGGCUACCUGGCAAAGGCUGAGCAGAAGCGGGGCAAGCGCCAGACAGGCCGGGAGAUGAAGAUCCGCAUCUUGUCCGAGAGACGGAAACCCCUCAACAUUGAGCACAUGAGGGAGGAUGAGCUCAGGACAAAAGCCAAGGAGAUGCAUGAUUGGAUUUACCAGCUGGAAUCGGAGAAGUUUGACCUCAUGGAAAAACUCAGGCGCCAGAAAUAUGAGAUAAAUGUCCUGUACAACCGCAUCAGCCACGCUCAGAAAUUCAAAAAGGUGCCUGGCAAGGGCCGUUUCGGAGGCCGCUGGAAAUAAACGCCAGGCCCUCAGGCAGAUCGCCCCUGCCACCCUUCCCUCCUGCAUCCACCCUCCUGUAUCCAACCAGAUGAUCCCCACCUUGACUUCCACCCAUCCUGGUUCCUGCUGGCAUGGAGAUUCUGCCCUGUGUGAUCUGGAAAAUCAGGAAACUGGUGUGAGCUGUGUCCUGUGUCCAACUACCUGGGCCAUGUAAUAAAACAUAUCCCUUGCCCUUGGCUCAUG